AUCCGUUGUAAGGAGGAGAUGAAAAGGAGGUCAACGAGAAAGUCGUCGGCGGCGAAUUUUCUCAUGACGCCGCCGCCGUUGGUGGCGACUGUAAACCGAUCACCAAGUGAAUCUCCCGAGAUUAUCAAAUCCAGUUCAAGCUGCUUCACUACACCUACGAAUUCAACCUCAUCUCUAAAAGAGGAUCGCAGAAGCAACGACAACAACCGAAAAAUACAUGCUGCAGAGCCGCGAAACGCAACUUCUCCGAUGCAGUCUCUCUCUUCACUGAGUAAAACAGGUAACAGUAUCGCCGAUCUGAAGAAAAUGACAUCGUCGCGCAUUAAUUCAAUCAAGCGUCAAAUUGAUUGCUCUUAUUCCGAUAUACUCAAGGACAUGGAAGUUUCUCACUCUCGUCUACAGAAACGAUAUAAGGUCCAAAAUCAAGCAUGUGAACAAACAAUGAGUGAAGUUGAAAAGGAUUUCAAGAAGAUGAUUGAUCACAUGACUCAAACUCAUGAUGCAAUGGAGGCAUCAUAUACAGAUCUCAUAGCAGAAGCACAAGCCCGAGCAACUCGUUUAUGCAAAACAAGCAUCCCUGGACUUUCACAAUCUGUGGAGAAAGCCAUUGAAGCAUUAAGGAGCCAUUAUGGGGCUGCAUCAACUUCCUCAUAGAGAUAGCAUUACCUAAACAAGUACUUAGGAAAAAACUUACUGGGAAGAGAAACUAGGGGUAAUAAGGUAAUUCAACUAUUUGUGGUCUAUAUGCUAUUUACUGAUACUAGUUUUUUAUUCAAAUUAAAAGAAGAAUUCGUUCCUAUUAUUAUAACCAUAUAUGAUUAGAUGAUUAAACAAUUGACAGAAGGAAAUGGAAAAUUAAUGCGAAAUGAGGAAAGGUG